AUGGCAAAUAACAUGGUUACGAUGGUAUUCCUCAUAUUGAUGUUGAUUUCAUCAAUCACUCCAACAGAAAUUGAUGCAAGGAAUCAAGACCUCGUUGCAGCCACUAAGGAGAUGCAAAAGGCAAAUUACUUUACAUUUGUAAUGCUCAUCAACAUGUCUCCACUUGACACAAUUGAGGGAAAUGUGACAUUCUUGAUGCCCAAUGAUCGAAUGCUGGCUAACAUGGUCUUACAAGAAGGGUCCAUUUCAAGCUUCUUACUUAGGCAUUCAAUCCCAUCACCAAUGCUCUUUGAUGUCUUGGAACAAUUCCCCACAGGGACAACCAUUCCCACAUCACUGCCAAAUUGCAUGCUAAGAGUCUCCAACAAUGGUAGGAAGAAUUAUGUUCUAAACAAUGUUAAAAUUAUAAGUCCAAACUUAUGUGUAGCAGGAUCCUCAAUUCGAUGCCAUGGCAUAGAUGGGGUUUUGUCAGAAGUGUGUGCAUCAAUAGGUAACUAUAGUGUUCCUCUAAUUCCAUGUGUUAAUAACACUGAACCUUCAUGUAAGGCAUCACCUCCUAUUUCAUCUUCUUUCCCUUCAGCUUCUCCUCCUAGUACUAGAGACAACCUCAAUCCUCCUACAUUGGCAGCUCCUCAGCCAACAACACUGAAUAUUGGGCCACACAAAUCAGGGUCUCCACAUUGGUUUUCUUACGAUGGAUCAUUGAAUUUUGUAGCAUGCUUGAUGUUGUAUCUGACUGGGAUAUACUUUUAA